AGCAGCGACGCGCAAACGAGCCAAACGGCCAACGGCAACAGUCAGUCACAAUUCAUCUUUCGCAGCAAGUAAACGUUUUAACAGCAGAGCGUUGUUGCCGGUAGGAGUCACACGCGCACACAUACAUAUGUACAUAUGAUAAAAAGCACAGGCGAAAAGGCAAAAUUCAAAAGUGCAAAGUUGUGAAAAUUUUUGUGGAAACAGGAAUUACAAUUAUAAAAUUCAAUUGUGUUAAAGAGAGAGUAUUUCCUAGUGAGUCCCUAAUGAAUUGAGUGUCUCUGCUCGUUAACUCGUUGUGCCUUAAACGUGCGUGAUAUAUUCUGUGGAAAUUGAAUUUCGUAUUAAUUGAAAAAAUAUUGAUAAAAAAGCUUAAAAUAUUAGAGAUUAAUUUGUGUUUAUACGAUUUUUGUUGUUAUGUUAAGAAACCAAAAUUGGCAACGACAACAUAUUUUGAAUAAAAAAUAAUAAUUAUUAUAAUGUCCGUUUAGUGUUGUUGUUAACCUCCACGAAAUUGAAUUCAACCGAAGUUGUGUUGCAAAAGCUGUCAUCAGCAAAAAGUAUAAAAUAAAAGAUAAGCCCCCCUAAAAAAAAAACAACAAUAAAGGUAGAAUCGAACAAAUUGACGGUUACAUUUCUAUAUGCAUACAAAUUGAACGCACCCUGCGCGCCCGCAUACCAAAGCGUACGACCACACUGGCAAGUCAGCAGCGGCUACUGGGCCAAAGUCAGCGAUAAAAAAUACUAAUACGAACAAAAGUGCACAACAACAACUGCAAAAAGAAGAACAACUACAAUAAUAAGAAUUAAAAAAGCAACAACAAGAAAAAAUUACAAAAACAAUAUUAAUAAAAACAAAAAUAAUAGCAACAAGAAAAAAAUAAAACCACCAAUAAGAAAACAUAAUAAAAACAACAACAACUACAAAUUUCCACGGUCAACUUUCAAGCAGCAAGCGUCAGCAAGGGAGUCCAAUUAAGCCACAAAAAUCAAGCACCUAGACGGUCGACGCCUUCAAAACGUUCGAAUUGGAGUUGAAAUUAGGCCUUUUUGGAAAGACACUUUUGAAGCGAUUCAGUAACAAAACCCAGAAUGGAGCGUGGAUUGCACGAUCGUGAUCGCGUGGGCGUACAAGAUUUUGUGCUGCUCGAGAACAUUCAAAGUGAAGAGGCAUUCAUCGGAAAUUUACGCAAACGCUUCCAAGAGAAUCUAAUCUAUACUUAUAUCGGUCAAGUACUUAUAUCAGUUAACCCUUAUAAACAACUGCCAAUCUAUAGUGAAAACGAUAUUAAAGAGUAUCGCAACAAACACUUCUACGAGAUACCACCACACAUUUUCGCAGUAACAGAUAAUGCUUUCCGGUCAUUAAUUGAAGAGAAUAAGGGACAAUGCGUUCUAAUUUCCGGCGAAAGUGGUUCCGGCAAGACUGAGGCCUCUAAGAAGGUCUUACAAUACAUUGCCGCCUGCUCCGGCCAUCAGUCCACUGUUGAGAGUGUUAAAGAGAAAUUACUCAAGAGUAAUCCGGUGUUGGAGGCAUUCGGUAAUGCAAAAACCAAUCGCAAUGUCAACUCUUCGCGUUUCGGCAAAUAUAUGGACAUACAAUUUGACUUUUCCGGUACACCAAUUGGGGGACACAUACUCAACUAUCUGCUGGAGAAGUCGCGUGUGGUCAACCAAAAUGCCGGUGAACGUAAUUUCCAUAUUUUCUAUCAACUGCUGGCUGGUGCUAGUGAAGAUCAAUUGAAGCAGCUGGAGCUGACACGUGAGUUAGACAGCUAUAACUAUCUAAGCGAUGGGCAAAAGGGCGUGGUCAAGGGUAUCGACGAUGCCGGCGAUUUUAAGGUGGUGCAGCAGGCCAUGAGCGUAAUCGACUUCAAGCAGUCGGAACAAAAUGAGAUAUUCAAUAUCAUCGCGAGUGUUUUGCAUUUGGGUAAUGUGAGUUUCGACGAAGUCGAAGGAAAUGCCAAGGUUGAGAAAGGCGCGGUCGUCGCUACGAUCGCCAAAUUACUGGACGUCGAUCAGAAGGAACUUAAUGCGGCGCUCACGAAUCGCACAAUCGAUGCACGUGGCGAUGUGGUCACUUCGCCUUUGAACCGCGAUUUAGCCAUUUAUGCACGUGAUGCGCUAGCAAAGGCUAUCUACGAUCGUCUCUUCACCUGGCUGGUGCAGCGCUUGAAUAUCUCGCUACAGGCUAAGGAUCUGCGUAGCGCUAUCAACAAUGUGAUGGGUAUUUUGGAUAUCUAUGGCUUUGAGAUCUUCAGGAAGAAUAGUUUCGAGCAAUUCUGUAUCAAUUUUUGUAAUGAGAAGCUACAACAACUAUUUAUUGAGCUCACAUUGAAAUCCGAACAGGAUGAAUAUCGUCGUGAAGGUAUUGAAUGGGUGCCAGUCGUGUAUUUCGACAAUAAGGUCAUUUGCAAUUUGAUUGAAGAGAAAUACAAGGGCAUCAUUUCCAUACUCGAUGAAGAAUGUCUGCGUCCGGGUGAACCCACCGAUAUCACAUUCUUGGCUAAGCUCACCGACAAACUGGCCAAGCAUCCGCAUUACAUUUGCCAUGAGAAAUCGUCGACACAAGUGCAAAAGACAAUGGGACGUGAUGAGUUCCGUUUGGUGCACUAUGCUGGCGAUGUGACAUAUAAUGUGAGCGGAUUCCUUGACAAAAAUAACGAUCUAUUGUUCCGUGACUUGAAGGAGACCAUGAGCAAAUCAAAUAAUGAAAUUAUACGCUCUUGCUUCCCAGCGGCUGAGUAUAAGAACAAAAAACGUCCCGACACCGCUAUCACACAGUUCCGCAAUUCAUUGAAUAAUCUUAUGGAGAUCCUCAUGUGCAAGGAACCAUCCUAUAUACGUUGCAUUAAGCCGAACGAUCAGCAAUUGCCGGGCAUCUUUGACGACGAACUGGUGCUGCAUCAAGUGAAGUAUUUGGGUCUAAUGGAGAAUCUGCGAGUACGUCGUGCUGGUUUCGCUUAUCGCAGAACUUAUGAAACGUUCCUCAAUCGCUACAAGUCGCUCAGCAAAACCACCUGGCCGAACUUCAAGGGCUCAGCUAAAGAAGGCGUACGCAUACUUGCCAACGAUCUACACUAUGGACCCGACGAUUUCCGUUUGGGUGAGACGAAAAUCUUCAUACGCUUCCCCAAGACACUCUUUGACACGGAAGAUGCCUUCCAAGCGAAGAAACAUGACAUUGCUGCCAUAAUACAGUCCCGUUGGAAGGGCUAUGUACAACGUCAGAAAUACCUCAAAUUACGCGAGCAAAUCAUCACAUUACAAUCGUAUUGUCGUCGUCACUUGGCCAUACAAGCGCUACAGCGUCGUCGCGAUGCGGCCACCAAGAUACGCGCCUUCAUCAAGGGUUUCAUUACACGCAACGACGCACCGAAUGGUUACAAUGAGGAAUUCAUUGCAAACAUGAAACGCAUGUGGCUCUUACGUCUGGCCAAGCAGUUGCCCACAAAAGUGUUGGAUCAAAGUUGGCCCUCCGCACCGGUACACUGUCAAGAGGCAUCCACCUAUCUGCAUCGCUUGCACCGCCUGCACUUGGCGCGCAAAUAUCGCUUAAGCUUGUCCAGCGAACGCAAACGGCAAUUCGAAUUGAAGGUGCUGGCCGAGAAGCUAUUCAAAGAUAAGAAGGCUAACUAUUUGACUAGUGUGCCAUAUUGGUUCCAAACCGAUCGCAUACCGAAGGAGCAUGCUGCGGAAAUCAAUAAUUUCGUUGCCAACUCGUUGAAUGGUGAGAGUCUGAAAUAUGCAACGCCAUGCACAAAAUUCGAUCGUCACGGUUACAAGCCGCGCGAACGUUACGUGUUGCUUAGCAAUAAGGCGUUCUAUGUGUUGGACGGUAAGAGCUAUAAGCAAAAGCACCGUUUGCCAUUGGAGAAAAUCGAUUUCGUCGUCACAAAUCAUAGCGACAGCCUGCUGGUCAUACGUAUACCGCUGGAGUUGAAGAAAGAUAAGGGCGAUUUAAUAUUGGAAAUACCACAUGUCGUUGAGUUCGGUACCAUAGUCGUGGACACUGUUGGCACAGCCAAUAUAUUCAGCAUCGUUAGUCGGGAUUCUUUGGAACACAAUGUUGUUAAAGGCAAGGGCGGCGUUAUCGAUAUUCAAACCGGCGGCGAACCAGGCAUUGUACGUGAUAAGGGUGGUCACCUUGUUGUUAUUGCUGGCCAAUAAAUAAGCGAUAAAAGUGCUAACCACCUUUAACAUGAAAUCAGGGCUUUAAAAACAAUGGAUGUAUUUUUUAUAUAGUUUGUUAUACAUACAUACAUAUGUAUAUGUAAUUGUUAUCUGAACUUUUGCUGCAGAUUCAUUCCAGAUUUUAUACACAUUUUUUUAACUUUACACAUAUACAAACGAUUUUUAUUGUAUUAAUGUAUGCGAAAAGUAUUUACGAAAAUCUUAUAAUUUAUUUCCUAUAAUAAAGUUAAUAAAUGAUUGUAUUAUAUUAAUAAUAAUAAUAAUAACACCAGCGCAGGUUUUUCUUUUAUUUUAACAUUUGUGGCACAGACAGUUGUACAAAAGCUUAAAGAUAAGUUAGUAACGAAGUUCAUAUUAACUUUUAAUUGGGGCAUUUACAAAUGGUUUAUUGCCAGAAAUUCUUGUUCAAAGUCCAAUAAUAAUACUAAAGUACGGAUAUACUAAAAAACAAUAUA